AUGUUCGGCUACAAGGCCUUCUUUGCCAGCGUGAGCCUGGCGCUGGCCGCCUCGUCGGCUAUGGCCAAGGACUCGCUCAAGGACAUCGAGCACGUUAUUAUCUUCAUGCAGGAGAACCGUGCGUUUGACCACUACUUUGGUACGAUGGCCGGUGUGCGUGGCUUCAGCGACCCGAACGUCCAGAUCAAAGACGACGGUAAGAGCAUCUUCUACCAGCACGUGGACAGCUCGGUGAAGCCCGCUCCGCCGUCGAACGUGUCGGAGUUGAUGUACUUCUACAUCAACCAGGGCAACGUGCCCGACGACGAGGCCACACAGUGCAUGGUGGCCGGCUCGAACGGCUGGGAGGCGAACCAUGCCGCGUGGAACAAGGGCAAGAACGACCGCUGGGCGUACAACGUGACGCCCUGGUCGCUCGGUUACUUCCGCCGCAAGGAUCUGCCGGUGCACUUCGCCCUGGCGGAGGAGUUUAUUGUGGGUGACGCCUACUAUGAGAGCACGCUUGCUGCUUCGGACACGAACCGUGCCGUGCUUUUCUCGGGUACGAUCAACUCGCCGGGCAGCAACCCGGGUGGUGACCCCCUGAAGCAGGGUGGCCCUGUCGUUGACGACCACCGUGAGGCUGGCUGUGAGAAGGACUCGCGUGGCAACCCGUUGGCUUGCUUGCCGCUCAAGUGGAAGACGGUGCCGGAGUACCUGGAGGAGCAGAACAUCUCCUGGAUGGUGUACGAGGACACGGACAACGGUUGGCACAACAUGCUCGAGCAGUUCGAGCAGUACGAGCUGGACAUCAUCAGCCAGGGCCCACUUGCCCAGAAGGGUAUUUACCGCCCGGGCCUGGAGAAGUUCUUCUUUGACCUGAAGAACGGCUCGCUCCCGCAGGUGUCGUACAUUGUGCCUCCGAUUGAGAUCUCGGAGCACCCGCCGAACACGCCGAACGACGGUGCCUGGCUCCAGUACGCUGUGGCGGAGGCUCUGAUGAACAGUGACUACUGGUCGAAGAGUGCCAUGUUUGUGUCGUACGAUGAGAGCGGUGGCUUUGCCGACCACAUCAUGGGCCCGCAUGCCCCCGAGGGCACCGCUGGUGAGUGGAUGGAGGAUCCGUUUGACUACACUCUCGGCCAGGCCCCGGUUGGCCCUGGUUACCGUGUGCCGUUCUACAUUGUCUCCCCGUGGACUCGCAAGGGUGGUGUGUUCACCGAGCACGCCACGCACGACAGCCAGAUCCUCUUCCUGGAGAAGUGGUCGGCUGCGCACGGCAAGAACUGGACCAGCAAGGAACUGAACCCGUGGCGGCGUGAGAAGCUCAGCGACCUUGUGAGCGCCUUUGACUUCUCGAACAAGGAUGACUCGUACGUGCAGCUUCCGAAGAUGAACCGCGCCUCCAAGGACCCGAUCUCGCUCAAGUACAACGGUGUGGCCGUCUGCCAGUCGCGCUUCAAGCAGAACCAGCCCUACGUGCCGUACGGCAACCAGACUGAGCUUACCGAUGGCUUCCCGGUGGAGAAGGGCUACAAGAAGAUGCGUGGUGGCAUGUCGGAGGGUCGCACCAUGGUGUUUGAGACCUACAACAACGCUCUGACCCACAACGGCAACAAGCUCGGCUCGUCCUCGUCGCAGAAGACCAAGGACCGCAAGAGCCAGCACUUUAUGAUCCACUGGCAAAGCAAGCAGCAGGACCCCAAGGACAACCGCUUCAAGAUCUCGACUUUGGGCGACAACAAGAAGUACCUGACCAAGAGCCUGAGCCUUUCGUCGAACGAAGCCGACGGUGUCGUCGUCUCGUUCACCGACAAGGGCAACGGUAAGGGCUACGAGAUCAAGGCUGGCUCGCAGUACCUCAACCUCGACAAGGGUGGCUCGGUCUCGUGGGUCGGCUCGAACCCGACUACGUUCGACCUGUACAGUGUGACCUACUAA